CGCAACCGGCCCAGCUUCGACGGCAUCCUCUACUUCUACCAGUCCGGGGGCAAGCUCCGCCGGCCCGUCAACGUCUCCAUCGACGUCUUCGCCGACGAGAUCCGCUUCUACCAGCUGGGCGAGGAGGCCAUGGAGCGCUUUCGGGAGGACGAGGGCUUCAUCAAAGAGGAGGAGAAGCCCCUGCCCCGCAAUGAGUUCCAACGCCAGGUCUGGCUCAUCUUUGAGUAUCCUGAGAGCUCCAGCUCUGCCCGGGCCAUCGCCAUCGUCUCGGUGCUGGUCAUCCUCAUCUCCAUCAUCACCUUCUGCCUGGAAACCCUGCCAGAAUUCAGGGAUGAGCGGGAGAUACCCAUGCCCCUGCCCCCACAAAGUGGAGGUAUGAAUGGUACCACCGGGGACUCGCCACCCAUGCAGCCGCCCAGUAGCCUCUCUGACCCCUUCUUCAUCAUCGAGACCACCUGCGUGAUCUGGUUCACCUUUGAGCUCCUCGUCCGCUUCUUCGCCUGCCCCAGCAAGCCCGAAUUUUCCCGCAACAUCAUGAACAUCAUUGACAUCGUGGCCAUCAUCCCUUACUUCAUCACCCUGGGCACUGAGCUGGCCCAUGAGCAGCAGCAGCCCGGGGCUGGCAGUAGCAAUGGGGGUGGGGGCCAGCAGCAGGCCAUGUCCUUGGCCAGGGUGGGCAGUAGCAUGGGGGGUGGGGGCCAGCAGCAGGCCAUGUCCUUGGCCAUCCUCAGAGUCAUUCGCCUGGUCAGGGUCUUCAGGAUUUUCAAGCUCUCCAGGCACUCCAAGGGCCUGCAGAUCUUGGGACAGACUUUGAAAGCCAGCAUGAGGGAGCUGGGCCUCCUCAUCUUCUUCCUCUUUAUUGGGGUGAUCCUCUUCUCCAGUGCUGUCUACUUUGCUGAGGCUGAUGACCCCGAGUCUCAUUUCUCCAGUAUCCCUGAUGCUUUCUGGUGGGCAGUGGUUACCAUGACCACUGUGGGUUAUGGGGACAUGCGACCUGUCACUGUGGGGGGCAAGAUUGUGGGUUCCUUGUGUGCCAUCGCUGGUGUGCUGACCAUCGCCCUGCCUGUCCCUGUCAUCGUGUCCAACUUCAACUACUUCUACCACCGAGAGACUGAUCACGAGCAAGCCCUCCUCAAAGAUGAACAAAGCAGUGCUCAGGGCAGCACAGCGGGGGGAGAUGCAAAGAGAAGAUCCAGUAGAAACUCUCUGAACAAAUCUGUUGUGCACUUGGAAAACAGUGAGGGGUUCAACAGUGACACCAGCUCCAUAGAGAAAACCAAUAUUAAAGCAAAAAGUAACCUAGAUCUCAGAAAUUCCCUCUACGCAUUCUGUCUGGACACCGACAGGGAAACAGACCUGUAA